AUGUUACAAGCAGCUAAAAUUAUAGGUACUGGUAUGGCCACAACAGGAUUAAUAGGAGCAGGUGUAGGAAUUGGUAUAGUUUUUGGUGCAUUAAUACUAGGUGUAGCAAGAAAUCCUUCUUUAAGAGGACAAUUAUUUUCAUAUGCUAUAUUAGGUUUUGCAUUUGCAGAAGCAACAGGAUUGUUUGCUUUAAUGAUGGCUUUUUUAUUAUUAUAUGUAGCUUAA